AUGCUUCUUCGGUUACCGCCCAGCCUCCAUUACCCGAUCACCGUCACGUCGCUGCUCAAACAGCCGGGCGACACGGUUGAGAGGGACGAGGCCUUGUUCUGGUAUGUUUACCAGACAACCGUUACCGAGGGUGAUGGGCUGGGCAACAAGGUCGAGGUUCAGCGCAAGUUUCCCACGAAGUUCGAGUCGACCGUUGAUGGUGAAGUGGUUCAGUGGAAAAUAGCCAAGGGAGAUGUUAUUGAAGUACCUAUCGAUGUUGUGGAGAUUGACGAACCAUGCGCCCACGAAGUUCAAUUUGGAGGCCUUUGUGCCGAGUGUGGAAAGGAUAUGACCGAGGCCUCAUACAAUACCGAGGUCAUGGACUCCAUGCGCGCCCCGAUUCAGAUGGUUCAUGAUAACACUGCCCUUACCGUGAGCGAAAAGGAAGCCACGCGUGUGGAGGAAGAUGCGAAGCGUCGCUUGUUGGCGACCAAGAAGCUCUCUCUGGUCGUGGAUUUGGAUCAGACCAUCAUCCAUGCCACAGUUGAUCCUACUGUCGGAGAAUGGAUGGAAGACAAGGACAAUCCCAAUCACGAAGCUCUGAGCGACGUGCGAGCUUUUCAAUUAGUUGAUGACGGCCCGGGCAUGCGCGGUUGCUGGUACUACGUCAAGCUGCGACCUGGGCUCGAGUCGUUCCUGCAGAAUGUCUCAGAGCUUUUCGAGUUGCACAUUUACACCAUGGGUACUAGAGCCUACGCGCAACAUAUAGCUGGCAUCAUAGAUCCGGACCGUAAGCUCUUCGGUGAUCGCAUCCUCAGCCGCGACGAGAGCGGGAGCCUGACGGCUAAGAAUCUCCAGCGAUUAUUUCCGGUAGAUACAAAGAUGGUGGUCAUCAUUGACGACCGUGGCGACGUCUGGCGAUGGAGCCCUAAUCUGAUCAAGGUUUCUCCCUACGAUUUCUUUGUUGGGAUUGGAGAUAUCAACUCCAGUUUCCUUCCGAAGAAGCAGGAGUUAGGGGGAGCCACCAAACCCGCGGAACAGGCAGUCAAAGGAACGAAGGAGUUACCGGUACAACAACAUCCUGCGAAUGGUGCAGUUGCCAAGCCUGCAGCUGAGGUUUCGACGCUGGAGCAACUAGUGACCAUGGGCGGUGGGGACAACCCAAGAUUACUGCAAGAGCAGAGCGUCGCGCAAGAGGAGACAAUUAUGCACCAGGUUGAGGACCGCCCAUUGUUGCAGAAGCAGAAAGAGCUGGAUGCGGAGGAUGAGGCGGCAGAAAGCAGUGAUUCUGCCUCGAGCAUGGAAGACACUCAAGAUUCGACCAGACACCGACAUCAUUUAUUGGAGGAUAACGAUCGGGAACUCUUCCAACUGGAGGAACGACUGGAGCAGAUACAUAGGCAUUUCUUCGAGGAGUAUGAUAAGAAGCGGUCGCGGGCGCUUGGCGGAAGAGUGGCAGCUCUGAGAGGAGAGCGGGCAACGUCCAAGGAGAAGGAUAUCGACCUGAAGUUGGUGCCGGAUGUGAAGGACAUCAUGCCGCGGAUCAAGCAUCGUGUGCUUGGCGGGGUCGUCCUUGUUUUCUCUGGGGUACUCCCGCUGGGAACUGAUACACAAAACGCCGACAUUUCUCUCUGGGCUAAGAGUUUUGGGGCGGUCAUUUCCACCAAAAUCAAUAUGAGAACCACGCAUCUAGUGGCUGGCCGGAAUCGCACGGCGAAGGUCCGCGAGGCCACGCGGUAUCCUAAAAUCAAGAUUGUGACCACUCAGUGGCUUUUGGAUUCGCUAACUCAAUGGAAACGACUGCAGGAGGAACCGUACCUGCUUCCUGUGCAUCCUGAUGAUCGGGGCGAACCAAUCUCACCUGGGUCAAAGGAGAUUGAAAGCGGCUGGCUGUCAUCAUCAGACGGAGAAACGGGUGGAUUCUGGACGGAUGACGAUGAGGCGUCGCCAUUCACUGAGGAAAUUCUGAAGUCCUCCGGGCUCACUGAGAUGUCUCCUAUCGGGUACGACGCUGAAGAGCAAGCUGCAGUGCACGACGAGCUUAAGGAGUUUCUGGGCAGCGAUGACGAGAGCGAAAGUGACAGCGAAGUAUCGCUCCUAGCGGAUGAGGCAGGGACGACUGGCAAGAAGCGAAAGCGCGAUGACGACUCUCAAGGCACAGAUGAAGACGAGGCGGACAGUAGUCAAGGCGAAGAGGGAGAGAUGGCCGGCUCGCGCCUGUCGCAGCGGAUCAGACGGUCCUAUGAGCGUAGUACAGGGCUCAAAGAGGUCGCCACGGCAGAUAGCACGAGCACGGCGGAACUAGCCCACACCAGCCUGGCGAAGGAACGCGGUGGAGGCGAUACGGAUGAAGCGUUAAACGAGCCAGAGGAGCCCGCGGCGCGAGGGCAAGAUGUCAGUUAUCCCGAAGACCCGGUGGACGAUGACGAUGAACUGGAGCGGGAAAUGUUGGCUGCAUUGGAGGAUGGAGACUACGAUGCCAAGGCUGAGGAAGACAUCGCAGCCGAGAAUGGGUAG